GCCUCUUCGCGCGUUCCCGAUGCCCAGCAAAACCAAAGCAACCCAGCCAGCUAGCUCCACGACUCCCACACCUCGCAAAGCGACCAUGCCCGCCACGUUGCACGUCUUCGACUUCUCGACCCUCCUCGGCGACGAGCUCCUCUCCAAGGACGGCCCCCGGCCCACGGCCAGCGCCCUCAAGGACGUCGACGUCGUCGCCCUCUACUUCUCCGCCCACUGGUGCCCGCCCUGCCGGGGCUUCACGCCCCAGCUGGGCGCGUUCUACGAGCGGCACAAGGCCGCGAAGAACUUCGAGCUGGUCUUCGUCUCGAGCGACAAGUCGGAGGACGAGUUCGCGUCCUACUACGGCGAGCAGGCGCCGUGGCUCGCGUUGCCGUACGCCAACCGCGCCGCGAAGAACGCGCUCAAUAAGAAGUACAAGGUCUCGGGCAUCCCGACGCUCGUGCUCCUCGACGCGAAGACGGGCGCUUUGAUCACGUCCGACGGCCGCUCCGACGUCGCGAACGACCCGGAAGCCGCCAAGUUCCCCUGGAAGCCGCCGACGCUGCGCGAGACCCUCGCGGGCCUGCCGCCCCUGGCGACCAAGAAGGGGCCCAAGACCGUCGAGGUCGCCGACGUCGCCGGCCCGCUCCUGGUCUACUUCUCCGCGCACUGGUGCCCGCCGUGCCGCGGCUUCACGCCGCAACUCGUCGCCUUCUUCUCCGAGCUCAAGGCGGCCCACCCCGACGCGUCCAUUGUGUUCGUCUCGAGCGACAAGGGCGAGGCCGAGUUCGACGCCUACUUUGCGGAGAUGGGCGACGACUGGUACGCGUUGCCCUACGCGGCGCGCGACGACAAGGCCGCGCUCUCGAAGCACUUCGACGUCUCGGGCAUCCCGAGCCUCGUGCUCCUCUCGGCGCCCGGUGCCGACGGAAACCGUGACGUCGUGACGACGUCCGCGCGGGGGCUCGUGGCCGAGGCGGUCGUCGAGGGCUUCCCCGAGAGCUGGAAGCCGAAGCCCUACGCGGACCUGUCCAAGGGCGUCGAGUGCAACGGCUCCGACGUCAACGAGACCCGGUCGCUCGUCGUGCUCGCCGACGGCAUGGACGACAGCGCCGGCGCCGUCGCGGCGCUCAAGGAGGCGGCGGCGAAGGCGGAGGCGGGCCGGUCGGGCGACGUCGACGCGCUCUACUUCUUCGCGCCAAAGACCGAGGGGCCCGUGGCCCAGGUGCGCAAGCUCUGCGGCCUGCCCGCGGCCGCGCCCAAGGAGCCCCGGCUCCUCCUCCUCGACAUCCCGGACGGCGGCGCCUACUACGUCGCGGACGCCGCGGCCGUGACCGCGGACGCGAUCGCCGCGUUCCUCGCGGCCCCGGGCGCGCGCCGGCAGCUCGCGUGAGCCCCGAGGCGACGAGCGCCGCGCCGGCAGAGUACAGUCCUAGUUCCUACG